AUGUCAAAUGACAAGUGGUUCGAGAUGAACCAAAGCACCCAGAAGCUGAUCGGCGAACCACCAAAGCGCAAGAUACCCUGGGGCUCCAUUCUGGCGGUGGUCCCGACGCUCCUCUUGGUCGUGCUUUUCAUCCAAAACAUCGUCUUCUUCCUCUUGAACAGGCCUCAGGACAUCGUCAAAGAGAUGGGCGCGCUGGUGGCGACUUUGCCCAACAGCAUCCCGGACCGCAACUGCACCGACUUAGCCUGCCACUGGGCGGCGCUGCAGACCGCAUUAGCACAGCUGAAUGCAAGUCACGCCGCGAUUUCCAGCGACCUGGAGAAGAGUCAGACCGCAUUCGCAAGGCUGAAGGCAGGUCAGGAGGCAGGUCAGACGGCAUUGGCAGAGCUGAAGGCAGGUCACAACGCGAGUCAGAGCCUGCUGGCCAAAGUCUGGCAGGAGAUUAGCAGCGACAAAGGGCUUCUGAGUCAGACACUGAAAGACCUGAAGACGGACUACAAGAGCAUGUCUCAGGAGCUGUCACAAGAGAACAAGAACUUCAGUUGGGCUUUGUCCAGCCUGCAGCAGAAGGUGGUGGAUCAGCCCACACUUAACAGGGAACUCAGAGCUCUCAUGGCCAGAGACUGCAGUCAGGUCAUGGCGGCGGGAAAGUCCCAAAGUGGAGUCUAUACCAUCUUUAGCGGGUCCAACAGCUUCGAGGCUUACUGCAACAUGCGGCAGGACGGGGGAGGCUGGACCGUGAUCCAGAGGAGAAAGGACGGCUCCGUCAACUUCUUUCGGGAUUGGAACGACUAUCAAACCGGCUUUGGAGACCUCGCCGGAGAGCACUGGCUCGGCCUGCAAAACAUCCACGCUCUGACGGCCUCGGGCGGUUACCAGUUGCGGAUCGACAUCACCGAUUACGACGGCCGCACUUACUACGCUCUCUAUGACGACUUCUCGGUAGGCCGGAACUCGCUGGACCCCGAGAAGGACGGCUACCCGCUGCUUGUGAGCGGCUACUCUGGAAACACAGGCGAUCAAUUCACCUACCAUUCUGGGAUGAAGUUCACCACCAAAGACCGCGACCAAGACAAGAGGUCUGCAGAGGCUGAUAACAAUUGCGCCAAUAUGCACAAGGGCGGUUGGUGGUACAACAACUGUCACGGAGUCAACCUGAAUGGGCCGUACAAGGACCAUUCCGGGACCAGUGACGACGGCGUGACCGAAGGAGCAUCUGGACAUUCACUUCCACUUGAUCCAUUUGCUCCGAGGUGGGGCAAACUCACCGAUGGGACGCCGGCGGCGAUGGGGAUCAUCAACAGGGACAACAUUCGCAUGGCGUUUGUCACCACCUUGUGGACAGACAACAGACACGUUGGACCUCUGGAGGGAAAACAGCUGAACAAGAAGAAGAUGACGAUGAUGAUGACGACGUUAGACAUGAUCGGCCGUCAAUCGCAUACCUCCACGAUGAACAGAUUGGUCAGUCCAAGGGCAAGCGGCAGAAGCCACGUGGAGUCAGGUGACGUCAGGUCGGGGAACCACAGAGUGCCCCCUGUGGCCAAAGAGGCGUGGAGCACUGAAAUGAAAACUGUGCUUCAACACGUGCGGAACUCCUAG